CAAGCCAAAUUACCUUUACGAGCCAAACAGGUUUCGUGGAGUUACGACCAUCUCACCAACCACCCUGGAUCAAACAUUGCUGCUGUAACUCUUCUUACUCAAAACGGAAAAGGGUGGCCAACGGAAUGAGAAAGGUCUCCCCGCAAGUUCAUCGUCUCUUCCUCGGUCACCGACUUGGCUUCUAGGGUCGUCUUUAACGAUCGCUUCUUGGGACCCUCGAUAUCGCUGGCCGCUCGCUUGGAACCCCGAUUAGGAGCAAUCAGACGGUUUUCAGAGAUCAUUCUAGAGUGUCGCGGCGAUGAUGGUCUUUCUUGAGGAGGAGAAGCUCUGGAAACGCCUUUUUUGUUUUGUUAUUUCCUGACGUUAUCUGGCGGAUUCUACCAUCGGCAGUGGAAUGGCCGACGCGAUGUCGAUAAUUCCGGUGUCUGUUCUCAGGAAUCUUGCCGAUAAGCUAUACGAGAAGCGCAAGAAUGCGGCCCUUGAGGUCGAAGGCAUCGUGAAGCAACUAGCUCAGACGGGAGAGCAUGACAAGAUUACGAGUGUAAUUAAUCUGUUAGUCACCGAAUUUACGUAUUCCCCGCAGGCUAACCAUAGGAAGGGGGGUUUACUAGGGCUAGCUGCAGCUACAGUAGGCCUGUCUUCAGAAGCUUCUCGGCAUCUGGAGCAAAUUGGACCUCCUGUGCUUAAUUCUUUCCUUGACCAAGACAAUAGUGUUCGAUUUUAUGCUUGUGAAGCACUAUACAACAUAGCUAAGGUUGUUAGAGGAGAUUUUAUUGUAUAUUUCAAUCAGAUUUUUGAUGCACUUUGUAAGCUCUCAGCAGACUCAGACGCCAAUGUACAAAGUGCUGCUCAUCUGCUAGAUCGGCUUGUAAAGGAUAUUGUAACAGAAAGUGAUCAAUUCAGCAUAGAGGAAUUUAUCCCAUUGUUACGGGAACGCUUGAAUGUGUUAAACCCCUAUGUUCGGCAAUUUUUGGUGAGUUGGAUCACUGUGUUGGAUGGUGUUCCAGAGAUUGAUAUGCUUGGCUUCCUUCCAGAUUUUCUUGAUGGUUUGUUCAAUAUGCUUAGUGAUUCUAGCCAUGAAAUACGUCAGCAAGCUGACUCCGUACUUUCAGAAUUUUUACAAGAAAUAAAGAACCCUCCUAAUGUAGAUUACGGUCGUUUGGCUGAAAUUUUGGUUCAAAGGGCAACUUCUCCUGAUGAAUUUACUCGGUUAACGUCUAUCACAUGGAUUAAUGAGUUUGUAAAAGUUGGUGGAGACCAGCUUGUUCCUUACUAUGCUGAUGUCCUUGGAGCAAUAUUACCGUGCUUAUCUGACAAAGAAGAGAAGAUAAGAGUUGUGGCUCGUGAGACCAAUGAAGAGCUUCGCGCAAUUUCUGCUGACCCAGCUGAGGGAUUUGAUAUAGGAGCCAUCCUUUCUGUUGCAAGGAGACAAUUAACGAGCGAAUUUGAAGCAACAAGGCUGGAAUCUCUUCACUGGAUUCGAACACUUUUAGCUCGUCAACGUCCUAAGGUCAUAACAUACUUGAAUGACAUCUUUGACUCCCUUUUGAGGGCAUUAGCAGAUCCUUCAGAUGAGGUUGUUCUUCUAGUGCUGGAAGUUCAUGCAUGCAUAGCAGAAGAUGCUCAACAUUUUCACCAUCUUGUAGUUUUCCUGAUUCACACCUUCCGCUCCAAUCACGUGCUUCUUGAGAAGCGUGGUAUUAUGAUAGUUCGUCAACUUUGUUUUCUUUUGAAUGCUGAACGAGUCUACCGGAAAUUUUCAGAAAUUCUUGAGGCAGAAAAAGAUUUUGAUUUUGCAUCGACGAUGGUUCAGGCUCUGACUUUGAUUCUCCUCACCUCGACUGAAUUGUUCAGUUUGAGAAAUCUCCUAAAACAAUCGUUGAUGAAUCCUGCUGGCAAAGAUUUAUUUCUCUGUCUGUAUUCCUCUUGGUGCCAUUCACCAAUGGGAAUGAUAAGUUUGUGUCUGCUUGCUCAGGCCUACCACCACGCUAGUGCUGUAAUUCAAUCACUUGGGGAGGAAGACAUAAAUGUCAAGUUCUUGAUGCAGUUGGACAAAUUGAUACGCUUGCUGGAGGCUCCAAUUUUUACUUACUUGAGAUUGCAGCUUCUGGAUCCUGGUAGAUAUCCAUGGUUGUUGAAGACUCUUUAUGGACUUCUGAAUUUGCUGCCGCAGCAAAGCGCUGCCUUCAAGAUAUUAAAAACUAGAUUGAAAACUAUGCCUCCACACACUCUUGUUGAUGAUCAAGUUAAAUGGAGAUCCUCUGGAAACCCAAAUACACAAAUUCUUGAAGUUACUGAGCAUGGAAGCCAUAUCCAUGAUCAAGGGAACAUGCAUAUUGCUAUUAACUUUGCAUCACGGCUACAGCAGUUUAAGAACGUGCAGAACCUGCAUCGGAUGCAUUCCAGAAAUACGCAGUUUCCUCUGAGUUCCACGGCAGCUAUGUUUUCACAGGUACAAAUAUCUGAAGAGCUGCGCCCGCCUGUGGCCCAUAGUGAAGUUAGCCAUCCUCCACCCAGAUCAUCCUGGACAAAUUCUGGACAGUUCCAUCAACAUUGAACUUGCCAAACUUGGCGUCCCAAUCUUCUUCAUUUCAAAUAUCUGUGUCAGGUAAAAGGAAUUCAGUGGGUAUAUGAUACUUUGUAAAUGACAUCGGUUACUCUUUCAUAGUUUCGGGCAAUUAUUAUUGCAGAGAUUAUGAUGUA